CGAGGAGGGUAGAUCGUAUGGUGUACCGAUACCCAAACAGAGCAACUGGGUCAUUGUGGCAUGAGGAAUAUACCAUAACCACUCAAGAUGACGUAGAUUCCAUGCUCGAAUUCUUGAGGUCCAACAAAUUGGCCAAAGCCGAGAUGUUCGUUUACACCGAGCCAGCCGUUGGUCGUGGAGGUCAUUCUGGACACGGUCAAACAUCUGUACCAAGAUGGAGGGCAAGGUGCUGGUCAUCAUCAAUCUUUCUCGUCAUAUGAAGAAGAAGUUCAACCGGACAUCCCCAACCAAGCACAGUACAACUUCCUGACAGGC